AGGUCUACACCGAAGUCUAUUUGAACAGCGCGGAAUCAGUUUUGACGAGCAUGUGAAACGGGAGCAUAAUAUUUGGCAUUACGUCUACUUUGUCAUCUAUUUGAUGCUCAAACCGGACUCGCAUCUAACCGGCCCUGAGAGCUACAUUCGUGAACGCCUCGAGACGCGCACAAUGGAACAGUUGACGAACGCGGAAGAUUCGGAAGAAUCUAGUCGCGUUACGCAACUGAUCGCUCAAUUGGAAAAAACAAGUGAACAGUUGAAGGAGAUUGAAUGUCGAAUUGAGACUAUGAGUGAGCAGGUGAGCUCAGCCACCCAUUAG